UCAAAAGUAUCCAAAUUUUGACCUUAUGACUCUACCGCGCCCCUAACCACACGUCACUUUCCAACACCCACCCUUAUAAUCAUGCCGGACCUUUUUGUUAGAGGCGCUGUUCUAAGUUCUAACAAACUUCAAAUCUAUUACCCACUUGGCCACUUCCACUUCUCAACCAAAAAAUCUAUUUUCCCACCCUACUUUCACUUUGUUGAUUUUUUCUAGUAGUAUUCAUUAACGUUCCACCAAAUAUGGGAAACACUCUAGGAGGUAAGAAAACAGCCAAAAUCAUGAAAAUAAAUGGGGAAACUAUGAAAUUUAAGACCCCAAUUCAAGCUAAAGAAGUGGUGAAGGAUUAUCCGGGUCAUGUGGUAUUGGACUCGGAUGCUGUAAAACACUAUGGGAUAAAAGCAAAGCCACUUGAUCCAUUUCACAAUCUGGAGCCUAAGAAACUCUACUUUCUAGUAGAACUCCCCAAGUUUCCACAUGAUCACCAGCACCGGGUUCCUAGAAAAGUCCGGUCUGGAAUCCAAAUGUCCGCCAAGGACCGCCUCGAGAGUCUAAUGCUCUCUAGGCGGUCCAUGUCGGACAUAUCCAUCAUGGGACCCGCCACCAGAGUUAUGGUAGAUGGCGGGUACCAUGAUGCUAGCGAGGGAGCUCCAUCCUCAGGGUUAAGGGUGAGGAUGAAGCUCCCAAAAGCAGAGGUUGACAGGUUAAUGAGCGAGAGCACGGAUCAAGAAGGUGUCGCCGAGAAGAUUAUGGAUCUUUGUUUAGGGAAAACAGAACAAAAUGUCACAAAUAGUGGCAACACAAAUCAUAAUAAUUGGAAAGGGAAAGAAGUUUUCGAUGAUCAUAGUAGUAUCUAUCAUCAACAUCAAACGCUUGCUCAUGGUAGUCAACGAGGUUACAAUAAGAAACGAGUAGGUUUCAUGCCAAUCUGUGAAGGCGAGAUCCGACUAGCCGUUGCUUCAUGAGAUCUUUUGCGGACUAAAGAAGCAAUACAAGCUAUGGCUCAAGGAUCCAUUAUAUAUGCAAAAUAGAUUUAGGCACAGUUUACAUUCUAUGCCAAUUUUUCUUUCCCUUCAACUCCCUCCCCGCUCCAAAAAAAAAAGGAAAGAAAAAUGCCAUAGAGUUUGGUUACCUUGUAGGCUAGUAUCCAGAUUCCAGCACUUACGAUAAUGUUUUUGUACGCCCGCUUGUAUAUGGUACGAAACAGUUUUAUUUUGCUGAGAUCUCUAAAUGUUUGAUUUAAUUUUGGGUUGUCCCAAGAAAA